GAUUUAGGAAUCAGGGGACACAACUCUGUGAAGCAUGCUGAAAAGCCAAGAUGUCUGCUAUCAGUGUGACGGGAGAAAGUGUGUGGAUACAAAAAGAAAUUACUGUUUCCUCGAAAAAACGAGGAUGUCACCUGAUUACUGAUGAAAUAAUUAAGCAGUUUCCUGAAAUGCAAAAUAUAUGUGUUGGUCUUUUACAUAUUCACAUGAAACAUACAUCUGCAAGUUUGGCUCUGAAUGAGAAUUGGGAUCCAGAUGUGAGAGUGGACACUGAAAUGAUGCUGAACAGAAUUGUCCCAGAAGGAGCUGGAUAUAAACACACAUGUGAAGGUCCAGAUGAUAUGCCAGCACAUGUAAAAGCUGCCCUAAUAGGAAGUAGUGUGACUAUACCCAUCACAAAGGGAAAACUCAAUCUAGGCACGUGGCAGGGAAUCUGGCUGUGUGAACACAGGAACCACGCAGGUGGACGGCAUUUGGUGUUGACAGUUCAAGGAGCAAACAAGAAAUAGCCGGUGUCAUAUUUAUUCUUCUUACAUACAAUUAAAACUAAUUCAACAGUGAUAUGUUAAAAACAAGGACCCGUGUUCCAUGUAUGUUUGACCUAGAUGCCAACAGAAUAGCCAGUGAUCCAUUGAAAAGAACAAAGGUUUUUCAUUUUACUUUGUUGCUUAAAAAAACUGUUUUUAUUUUAGCAAAAGUGAGCAUGUGAAAUAUUACUGGUAUUUAUUUUACUUUUAUACUGACUAUUGUAAGUAUAGUGUCAGGAAUAUGUCGGUGUCUUAGAAUUAUUGAACAUUAUGUAUAGAAAAUGUGGAGUUGUUUUGUUUUUGUAAUAUUUAGGUAAUUUUGAGGAUGAACAAGUAGGCUUAAAAUUUUCUGUUGUUUUAGUCUCUACACAAACUGACCCAGAAAUCGUGUUUGAAUAAACAUAGUUGGUUUUAUAUACCCUACAAGAGAUUUAUAUACAGUAUGAAUGUUUUACAAGGUGUGUUAAAAGUUUGAAUCUCGGUGAAGGAAUUUGAGUUACUGGUUUAUAGAAAAGCUGCAGUCUCACGGGCAUAUCCCAGCUCUCAAAACCAAAUGGAACAAAAAAAAUAAAGAAAAAUGGGGGAACUUGAAUUUUGUUUUUAAAAAUAUUUUGUGUGUGGGGGGGGGGGGUCAUCGUCCCCAUGCCUCUGAAUCUUGCCUCUUUCUCCUCCUUAUCCUAUGGUUUACUAACUCUGCUACAGUUUUCAUAGAUUUAUGUGCUUAUAUCAUUUAUAGAGAUCACCAACUGCCUUUAGGCAACAAAAUAGCAUCAUCACCUUUUUAAGUGCACUGUAUAACUGAAGACCUUAGUUUGGCACUUAAAACGCUGGGGGUUGUUUUACAUGCUGGAGUGUCAUUAAGCAUUCAUUCAUUCAAAGUAUUGAAAAGUCUAAUGCUUUUACUCUUUUAUAAUGGUAACCAAUUUGAUCACACCUGGAAUCGAGAUGGAAGGUAUUAUGGGUGAUUUAUUCUAAUUCCAUAUUCUCUGGCUCUCUCUUGUGGGAAGAAUGAUGGAAAUACAUUGUGAUUAGGUUUCAGACCUUCUCAUUUUGACCGAAUAUCUCUAUCGUUUUUGUCCGAAUUUGAGGAUUUGCUCCAGCACAGAGUGGGUCAGUGUCCCUGCCACCAUGUAUCAUACCGUUAUCUCUCUCUCUUUCAAUCUCUUCCUCACUCGCUCUCUCUUCCUCUCUCUCUCUCUCUCUCUCUCUCUCUCUCUCUCUCUCUCUCUCUCUCACCAAUCAAUGACAGUCCUUCCCUCCUCCUCUCUACAAACACACCUAAUCUCCUGUGAGGUCAACAACAAUUGUUUUUAAAUUAUUAAGAAACUAGAUGCAACAUGUGUCUGUAUAUUAAAAUCUGUCUCUCAGAAA